GGGAAGGAUGAGAGACUGGGAAAUAUGAAGUCUUGAAAUGAGAAGAUCUAUAUUUAUAAGAAGAGAGGCUGGCCUUCUCGAGAUUGCAGAAGCAUCUUACAUUAGAAGAAGAAGAGCGGCAAGAUUUGCUAGGUAGCCUGAGUAGCAGCAUGGGGGGCAUACUCCAGGGAUUUUCCGCGUGAGAGCCAAGGUGCAGGAACGUUGCCUCCUGCUGGAACCACCAGCUCCGUCGUGUCUCCGCCGAUCUCUAUCUCCCUUGACGUGAAAUUGGCAGUUUGUUAGAGAACGGGCGGGCCGUCGAGUGAUCAGCAAGUUUGAAUUUUAGUUUCACGGCAAUGGAUAAGUCUAGUGCCUUAGAGUACAUCAACCAGAUGUUCCCAACGGAGGCAUCUCUAUCUGGCGUUGAGCCACUUAUGCAAAAGAUACAUGGUGAGAUUUGCCGUGUGGAUGCUGAAAUAUUAGCGGCUGUCCGCCAACAGAGUAAUUCAGGAACCAAAGCCAAGGAAGAUCUGGCUGUGGCUACACAUGCUGUUGAGGAACUCAUGUAUAAAAUCAGAGAAAUAAAAACCAAAGCUGAGCAAAGUGAAAUGAUGGUUCAGGAGAUAUGCCGUGAUAUUAAGAAGUUGGAUUUUGCAAAAAAGCAUAUAACAACUACGAUAACUGCUCUGCAUCGUCUUACCAUGCUGGUCUCUGCUGUUGAGCAGCUUCAAGUAAUGGCUUCAAAACGACAAUAUAAAGAGGCUGCGGCACAGCUGGAGGCUGUAAACCAAUUAUGCAGUCAUUUUGAAGGCUAUAGGGAUAUUGCAAAGAUUACAGAACUCAGGGAGAAGUUUAAAAACAUCAAACAGAUAUUGAAGUCUCAUGUUUUUUCUGAUUUUUCAAGCUUAGGUACAGGAAAAGAGAGUGAAGCAAGUAAUUUGCUACAGCAAUUAUCAGAGGCUUGCUUAGUUGUUGAUGCUUUGGAACCAUCUGUAAGGGAAGAGUUAGUAAAGAAUUUUUGCAGCAGGGAGCUUACAUCAUAUCAGCAGAUCUUUGAAGGGGCUGAGCUGGCCAAGUUGGAUAAGACUGAAAGGAGAUAUGCAUGGAUCAAGCGUCGACUAAGAACUAAUGAGGAAAUCUGGAAAAUUUUUCCUCGCUCAUGGCAUGUUGAAUAUUUGCUAUGCAUCCAGUUUUGUAAGUUGACAAGGACACAACUUGUGGAGAUCCUUGACAACCUAAAAGACAAGCCAGAUGUUGGGACAUUAUUGUUGGCAUUGCAAAGAACUUUGGAGUUUGAGGAAGAGUUGGCUGAGAAAUUUGGAGGUGUUCGAAGCCGAGAAAUCGGGAGCGACAUUGAAGAAACGGAGGGGGAAAAUAAGAGUCAAAUUGUAUCUGAUAUUCGGAAGAAGUAUGAAAAAAAGCUUGCAGCUCAUCAAGGAAGUGGGAUUAAUGAAAAUGAUGGACAUAGAGACCUGCCGGUGCCUGGAGCCGGGUUCAAUUUCCAUGGAAUUAUUUCUUCUUGCUUUGAACCUCACUUGGUGGUAUACAUAGAGCUAGAGGAGAAGACUUUAAUGGAGAAUUUGGAAAAAUUGGUUCAGGAGGAAACUUGGGAAAUUGAGGAAAGUGGCCAGACCAAUAUUUUAUCAAGUAGUAUGCAGGUAUUUUUGAUAAUCAGGAGGAGCUUGAAGCGAUGCAGUGCUUUGACAAAAAACCAGACGUUACUGAAUUUAGUCAAGGUAUUUCAAAGAAUUCUCAAAGCAUAUGCCACAAAGCUUUUUGCAAAAUUACCAAAGGGAGGUACAGGGUUAGUUGCUGCUGCAACGGGUAUGGAUGGACAGAUAAAGACAUCUGACCGGGAUGAGAGGGUUAUAUGUUACAUUGUGAAUACAGCUGAGUAUUGUCAUAAAACGUCUGGGGAACUGGCUGAAAAUGUAUCAAAAAUAAUUGAUCCUCAAUUAACAGACGGUGUGGAUAUGUCAGAAGUGCAGGAUGAAUUUUCAGCUGUUAUAACAAAAGCAUUGGUAACAUUAGUACAUGGUCUAGAAACUAAAUUUGAUGCUGAAAUGGCUGCAAUGACACGAGUCCCGUGGGGUACGCUUGAAUGUGUUGGCGACCAAUCAGAGUAUGUCAAUGGUAUAAAUUUGGUGCUUAACAGUAGUAUUCCUGUACUUGGAAGCCUUCUUUCUCCCAUUUACUUCCAAUUCUUUCUAGAUAAGCUGGCAUCAUCACUUGGUCCACGCUUCUAUGUCAACAUUUUCAAAUGUCGGCACAUAUCAGAAACUGGGGCCCAGCAAAUGCUUUUGGAUACUCAGGCCGUGAAGACAAUUCUUCUAGAUAUUCCUUCCCUUGGAAAACAGCAGACAUCAAGUGCUGCUAACUACUCAAAAUUUAUAAGCCGUGAGAUGAGCAAAGCUGAAGCACUUCUGAAGGUUAUACUGUCUCCAGUUGAUUCUGUGGGUGAUACAUAUCAUGCACUACUACCAGAGGGUACAACUUUGGAGUUCCAGAGGAUUCUAGAGCUCAAGGGCCUUAAAAAAGCUGACCAGCAAAGUAUACUAGAUGACUUCAACAAACGUGGAUCAGGGAUUACACAGCCUUCAAUUGCCCCGUCUGCUAUCCCAAUCGCUGCCAUAGUCCCUGCUGCUCCCGUCGUGCCUAGUCCAACGUCAAUAGGAAUUAUCACUUCAAGAGAGGAUGUUUUAACGAGAGCAGCAGCACUUGGACGAGGUGCAGCCACAACAGGGUUCAAGAGGUUCCUAGCCCUAACUGAGGCUGCUAAAGAUAGGAAGGAUGGACCAUUCAGGAAGCUCUUUAAUGCAUAGAAGCUUUUCGUGAAGCUGUACUUUAUAUAGUUUGAAAGGACCUCGGUUUCUAUUCUUUGUCGUUAUAUUAUAGUUGAAUUCUUUGGUCAGUAGAAGGGGAAGCUUGAUGGUGGAUUGGCUUAAUAGAGCUUGCCAAUCCCAGAAGAAGAGAAAAUAGUACAAAAAUAUUUUCUUAAUGGAAAUCGAGUCCUUUUCUUUUUGGUAAGAUGAGUUGGGUCCACGAACACACUGGUAUGGAAUUUCAGGAACUGAAAAACCCAAGUGCCAAUUUGAGCUUAAAUAUUACAUACCUUACCACUACUAGUUUUAA